AUGAAUAUUAAUUUUAAAGAAGAACUUAAAACAACAUUAACCAAUUGUGAAGAUCCAUUUCGAGCUAUAAAAGAUAUACAAGAUGAAAAUGGUAUUGCAUUAACACAAAUUAGACCAGCUUUACCAUUACUUGAUUUACUUGAAGUUAAACGAUUAGAUUUUCAUCUUGCUGUUCUUGAUGAUAUGAAAGAUAGAUUAAUAAAACGAAUACAAGAAUUAGCACAACGUGAUGAUAAAGAACAAUUAGAAACUUUAUUAGAAAAAAGUUUUGCAGUUAUUAAUUUAACACAUGUUACACCAAUUGUUAUGGAAAUUGUUAAACAUAUGCCAAAAAUACCGGAUAAAUAUGUCAAAUAUAUAGUUGAACAUGAACAAAUUUAUUCUCGUGCACCAAUUGAAUUAAAACGUUUAAUAUGGACAGAUAAUCAUACAUUAUUUCAAANCAAAUUUUCUAACCGAUACUGUUCAUCAUUCAGGAAUUUUGUCGAUAAAAAUUAA